AACCAGCCCUCCGCCCCGCGGAGGUUUUGAUUUUAGUGGCUUUCCUUCCUUUUAUUUUCUGUCGUGCGCGGGUUUUGGCCUCGGGGCGAACUUGCAGCUCGUCCGAGUACAUGUCCGCGGUAAUCGCCCCUGCAGCCGGUUACCCUGCCACCAUGCACUGCGAAGCAGAAGAAUCCAAGGAAGUGGCCACAGAUGUCUUCAAUUCCAAAAACCUGGCCGUGCAGGCACAAAAGAAGAUCUUGGGGAAAAUGGUGUCCAAAUCCAUCGCCACCACCCUCAUCGAUGACACGAGCAGCGAGGUGUUGGAUGAGCUCUACCGGGUGACCAAGGAAUACACCCAGAACAAGAAGGAGGCAGAGAAGAUCAUCAAGAACCUCAUCAAGACCGUCAUCAAGCUGGCCAUUCUUUACAGGAAUAACCAGUUCAACCAAGACGAGCUGGCGCUGAUGGAGAAAUUCAAGAAGAAAGUCCACCAGCUGGCCAUGACCGUGGUCAGCUUCCAUCAGGUGGAGUACACCUUUGACCGGAACGUGCUGUCCCGCCUGCUGAACGAGUGCAGAGAGAUGCUCCACCAGAUCAUCCAGCGCCACCUCACGGCCAAGUCGCAUGGACGGGUUAAUAACGUCUUUGACCAUUUUUCCGAUUGUGAUUUUUUAUCUGCCUUAUAUAACCCCUUUGGGAAUUUUAAGCCCCACUUACAAAAACUCUGCGAUGGUGUCAACAAAAUGCUGGACGAGGAGAACAUCUGACCAUGUGAAUUAAGACUGCAACCGCUCGUGAUUUCUUUGAAAAUGGAGCACUGCUGAUUUAUGAAGGAAAAACAAAUUUUUUUUUUUUAAGAUGACCCAUGUUUCAGAAAGACUUUUGCUCGCCUCAGGCGUCAGACGUUGUCAGUAACGUUUUGUGCAGCUUGUUUUAUUUGAAGAAAAGCAGAUUGCCAAAAAUUCUGGUGAAAAGCUCCCUCCCUCACAGUUAGCAGAUCGUAGGAAAGGUGUCUGGUUGUGUGAUGCAAAUAAUAGAGUUAUGCAAAGAAAUAUAUGGAUGUCUCCAAACCUCAAGACAUGUUUUUUUAGAUCAGUUGUUAUGUUGGUAGCACAUUGGGUAUUUCUCACGUGUACAGAGUUGUGUACUUUGAUUCACUAUUAUUCCUUACUAUGUAUAUGUACCUCUGUUAAAAAGCUGAGAACUCUCUCUUGCUCUCAUUGCUCCCUUUGAGAUGAUUUCAUUUUCAAGUCUACCUUUUGUUCUGUGUUCCUUUGUUAAAGUUUUUGUCACUGACAUUAGACACAAGAAUUAAGUCUUCAUCGAGAAUUAAGACGUUCAAGAAUUGAGGCGGUCAGAUUGAACCCUCAGAAAAACAGAAAACUGCUUCUUUGAAGUCAGUAUUGUAGGAACCAACUAUAUUUGAUAUGGUGAACAAUGUCUGAUAGACGGACAUGCCUCGGGCCUGGAGUCCUGUUUUUUAGUACCAACGGUGAUACUUCGCAAAAGCGGUAAUUGUUGAAAAUGUGCUAGUGGAAUCUCCGGUUUUAGUAUCUGUUUCAGAUGUAAGAGAGACAAAGAAAAAUCUAGAUGGUUCUUGUUAAAGGUCAGCAAUACUGAGAAAAGAACAACCAUCUUUAUUUUAGAGAUGAGCCCAUCAAAAUAAUUUAGGGGGAUAAAGGACCAAAAAGGAAGAAAGCAUAUUGCUGUGGGCCGUGAGAAUGAAAAUAAAUGCAUUUCAACGUUGAAUAAGGUUUGAUAGGUAAAUAAAGAAUGUCACUUUUUUAUUUAACUGAUAAGGUCUUUACUAUUUUGUUAUUUGCUAUUUUGAUGAGUAAACCAAAGAAUAUUUGCAU